GAUAGGAAAGGAAAGGAAAGGAAAGGGAUCUAUCUAUCUAGCUAUCUGACGCAUUUCGUCUGCCCUGCAAAUUUGUAACAAUUAGCUCUGCGCAGAUCGAUCCAUCAAUCCAGAGGUGGCUGAAGCCCUCCCGGGAAUUGCAAAAUCAAUCAAUCAAUCAAUCAAUAAUGGAUCCGACAAGAGGACAAGGAGGCAUCCAGAUGCUGCUUGCAGCGGAGCAAGAGGCGCAGCAAAUUGUCACCGCUGCUAGAAACACCAAGAUGUCGAGGUUGAGACAGGCAAAGGAGGAAGCCGAGAGGGAGGUAGCAAACUUCAGGUCCCAAAUGGAGGCCGACUACCAGAAGCAUAUUUCCGAGUCCUCUGGGAACUCGGAUUCAACUGUGAAGAGGUUGGAGGCAGAAACUGAAGAGAAGAUUAAAAGCCUAAAGGAAAAAGCCUCCAAAGAGACCUCUGAGGUUACCAAAAUGCUUCUCAAGUAUAUACUUACUGUUAGGAAUUAAUGUUAUGCCUUCUUCUGAUGAUGAUCAAACCAAAUAAUGCAUGCACGAACUAAGGAGAUCAGCAAAUAAUAAUUUGUGAAACUCAAAGGAGAGAGAGAGAGAGAGAGAGAGAGAGAGAGGGUGAGAGAGUUCUUAGUUAGCGUCGCCGGAGCAUCAUAUAUAAUAUAUCAGAGGCUGCAGUUUACUCUUGAUUUUGACAUGACAAGAACAUGCGUGCGUUUGAAAAUCGGGAGCUACUGCUCUCUCUCCAAUACAUUUUGCGUGUGUAGCUGUUGAGUCAAUUUAAA